AUGGCUCGCGUCGAUCACCCCUCACCGCCCGGAGUCAACCAUCAAUUCGAGGACUGGCUGCAAGGCGAACCACUAGUUGCGACCAACCCCGACGAGAAGCGCGCGAAGUGGCAUCAGUACUACCGUACUAUGCAAGUGCAACAAAUCCGCACUUUAUUGAGCAAUGUUUUGCCGGACCAAUUUGUCGCGCAAAUGAAGGAGUCGUUCUCUGAAAAGAAACCAAUCUACCGUCUCUGGGCAGAGAUCGAGAAGAAGUAUGGUGUGUCUAACGUGACCACUAUGAAGACCACCACGAGAAAGCUAAUGCGUCUGGCCGACGGCGACUUCCAGAGUGUUGAGGCUCACUUUGGCGAGCUGCAGGCUUUAAAGUUGACACCGAAACCAGCCUUGAACGCCUCUCGAGUGAGUAGGGAAUGGGCUCUUGAUGGUGGCUGCGGCCAUCACCUUACGUACGACUCAAGUAGUUUUAAGGCGACAAAGCCAGACACCAGUCUUUAG